AUGUCGCCCCUUUGGCCAAGCUUCCUGGGAGCACAAGGGUGGAGAGGGCCAACCUGCUCUGCCCGUCCAGGUAACAUAGCUGCGUGGCCGCAGCUUCGCACAAUGCGAUGGCCGAAAGCUGCUCGAAGAUUAGCAGCGCUCGCUGUGUCUGUCACGAUCCAGAGAGUAGUGGCAUCUGACACAGAGAGCUGGCUGGUGAGAUGUUCCACGGACUGCAACGGGCGAAACCAAUGCGAGGAGGUUUGUGCUGGAGAACAAGUUCAGCAUCACGCCUGCCCAUAUCAGGCAGACUGCUCCUCUGCCAACAGCUUCUGCCCUGACGGGGAGGAACCGAAGGAAUGCAAGUUCUCAGACUGGUCUGACUGGGAGGCCCCCAUUGCAUGCACUGGAUUGUGUACCAGGAAACGAAGUAUUCUACAACACAACAGCUGUGGUGGAGCUGCUUGCGAGGGUCCGCUUCAAGAUUCCCAAUACUGCCUCGACUCCUGCCCGCAGACUCCAGAGGACUGUGAGCUCAGCGCCUGGGGAGAGUGGAGUCCUUGCAGCCUCAACGUCACGAAUCAGAGGGAGCGAAACCGAAGCGUGGUUGUUCUUCCCGCACGAGGCGGCGCCGAGUGUCUUGGUGCCCUUCUAGAGACAGAGGAUUGCGGCUCAGCGGACACGGAGAGCGGCGACUGCAUGCUUUCCACGUGGAUGGACUGGAGCCCAUGUAAGGCGUGCGAAGACAAGCAGCGAGGCCGCCUCCGAACAAUUCUUCAUCAUGCCAAGCAUGGUGGAAGGCACUGUGAAGAUACACUUAGCGAGACAUCUGCGUGUCCCUGCGCAAACACCGAAGUGCCUGGUGACUGUGUGUUGCAAGACUGGACUGACUGGAGUGUUUGCGGCACUGAUGACCGCGAACGGCGCCGGACACGUCAGAUCCAAGAAGCCACAGAUUCGGGCAAGGCAUGCUCUGGGCCAGUUGUUGAGGUGCUGCCGUGUGACCCAGCGUCCUCGUCAGAAACACCCGCCACCGACUGCGCCUUUGCGGACUGGGCGGACUGGCAGCUCUGUGACAAGUCCUGCGACGGAGGUCAGACUGUCAGGACCCGUGCAAUCGCAACUCCGGCGGCGUCUGGUGGUACUCCUUGCAGCGGCGGCUUAAAGGAGACGGCGUCGUGCAACACCUUGUCUUGCAGCCUUUACCACCAGCCCUGUCGACCUUCGCAGUGGACCGAAUGGGGACCUUGCACUACGACUUGUGGCCCCGGCAGCUCUUCCCGCAGCCGCACGUUUGCGGAGGCAGACCUGGGUGGAGAACCUUGCUCGUUGACGCUGGCCGAGACCAAGUCAUGCACCGCGGGCUCUAGACAGGACUGUGGGGUUCAGGAUUGCAUGAUUGACGACUGGACAGACUGGAAGUCUUGUACGAAGACAUGCAGUGGGGGAAUCACCGAGCGCCAUCGAAAGAUCACGCAGCACGCUUCUAUGGGAGGAAAGCCUUGUAACCUUGACGAAGACCAGCUGGAGGAGGUCAAAGCAUGCGGUGAGGGUGCAUGUGAAGUCAACGACAACUGUGAAGACGGCCAGUGGGGUCAAUGGGAAGGCUGGACCGAUUGCACGAAGACCUGCCGCGGUGGAUUCCGCUUGUCACAACGAAGGGUGGUGAAGGAGGCAAAUUAUUGUGGCACUCCAGCCCAAGGAGUUGCCACAAAGAUCGAGAGUUGCAACGACGGAAUCGUCUGCAGCGGGGCAGUGGACUGUGAGCUUACGACCUGGACCGAAUGGUCCGUAUGCGACAAGCCCUGCACCGGAGUGCGCGAAAGAGCCCGUGGAAUCAAGGUUCACCCAGAGAACGGUGGGGUGCCAUGCGGCUCCGAGGGGCAGGCCACCAGCCUUUCGGAAAUGGAGCAUUGUCCUCCACAGCCAGGCGAGACCUGUGUUGUUCCAGAGCCAGAUGGAUGCUCGGUCGGUGACUGGUCCGAUUGGUCCGAGUGUUCUGCGACCUGCGAUGGUGGCCAAAAGUCCCGAAGUCGAGAGGCUUCGGCAGGCGCCGAUGGAUCUUGGUAUCCCUGCAAGGGCGAGCUGAAGCAGACGAGUCCUUGCGCUGCAGACGCGUGUGGCGUAAAGGAGGACUGCACGUAUAAGGACUGGACAGCCUGGGGAAAUUGCACCAAGUGUGGUGGCCAGACAUAUCGAUCACGCUCCAUUCAGUCACAGCCUGCGUACGGCGGCGCCGAAUGCCAAGCAUCUGAAACCAUGCAGACGAAAAGGUGCCCCCGAGAGUGUGGACCACACCUAUACUGGUGUGUGUGGAGUGACUGGGCGUCCUGGUCAGCCUGCACUGAGGACUGCGGAGUUGGAAUCCACUUCCGGAAGCGGUUGCUGACGAUGACGGACACCCAGCCAGCGAACCCGCUGGCAGUGGCAUCCUCGGAGAAGGACUGUGCUGGCGAAUUGGUGGAUAUCGAGCAGUGCCCAGACCUGCCCGAAUGCGAGAGCUGCGUACCACAGGAUUGCGUUUUGGGCGAGUGGUCGGAGUGGAGUUCACCGCGCUGCGAGGGCAUUUGCACUCGAAGUCGUGGAGUUGCGACUCCGAGCAACGAGUGUGGCAAGCCAUGCGAGGGGUCUUUGAAUGGCACGAAGCCAUGUCACGCCGACUGCCACAGCGAGGACUGCCAACUGGGAACUUGGACCGCCUGGACCGGGUGCAACUCCCUACUGGACAACAAGUAUCGUGCGCGGUUGAUCACCACUUCUGGAGCCUUCGGUGGCAAGGUUUGCCCCCUUAGCUCACUCAAUGAGACGUCAUCCUGCCAGACAGGGGCAGAUGCUCCAGUUAAUUGUGUUCUGGCUGCAUGGUCAUCAUGGGGACCCUGCUCAGAAACGUGCGGUGCUGGCCAGCAGUCUCGAUCGAGAUCGGUGGCAAGUCAGGCUUCGCGCGGUGGGCAGGCCUGCAUCGGCAGCCUGAGCGAGUUGCAGCGCUGCGAAGUUGAAGCGUGCCCAGCUGUCCCUGCCAAUCUUGCAGAUUGUCAGUGGGGCCCGUGGUCCGUGUGGCAAGACUGCCAUGGUGGCCAACAGGUCAGGACUCGCAAGGUGAUCCAUCCUGCCCAAGCUGGCGGCGAAGCUUGCGAGGGCCCCGUGGAGGAGACGAAAAGUUGCGGCCAGGAGCAUGUAGGAUCUCGAGACUGUGUGUUCUCUCUCUGGAAUGAGUGGAGCUUGUGCUCAAAGACAUGCGGUGGAGGGCAGAGUUCGCGGUCUCGCGUGAUUGACUGGCAUGCUCAAGAAGAUGGAAAACAAUGUGCUGGAACCCUCCUGGAAGUGAAGCCCUGCGCCAUGGACUCCUGCGCAGAUGCUGCAGCCACUAUGUGCACCUACACGGACUGGACAAGCUGGGGGACGUGUUCGCGUUCUUGUGGAGGAGGCUACAAGGAAAGAUCCCGGGACAUCCGAGUUCCAGCUGUCACAGGCUUGAGCGGCUGCAGUGGCACGCUGAAAGAGUCGAUGGCAUGCUCGUCGACUCCGUGCCAAAAUGCCGUGGACUGCGUCUGGGCCGAGUGGGACGAGUGGUCGGAGUGUGUAAAAGCACCCUCCAUCUGCGGCGUUGGAUCCAAACGCCGCAAGCGCAGCAUCGCCGUGAUGCCUGCGAACGGCGGGGCUCUCUGCGACCCCAGGCCCUUGGAGCAGGUGAUGCCCGUCAGCAACUGCCAGGGGCAGGCACCGUGUUGCAUUGAUGGCGUGUGGCAAGACUGGCAAGCCUGGGGAGGGUGCAGUGCGCACCGCGGCACUGGAACCCGCAAGAGGGUGCGAAUAGCCACGCAGUUUGACAAAUAUCUUGCAGCCAUGGUGGGUGGAAAGAUUCGCAGUAUGACCGAGCUGGAGCCACCAACGCCCGAGGAAAUUGAUGCUUUCGUUGUUGAGAACCGGUGGUGGCUCUCAGAUGAAGCAGAGGGCAUCUUGAGGGCUAUGGACGGCCAGGAUCAGCGACACGUCAUCGCUGAGGGCUCGAUGUCCAACUGCAGAGAUCCAGUGGCCAUAGUGAAGUCUCGUGCCUGGAACGGCCAUUUGAAGGCACAUAUGGAGUGGAUGGAAGAACGUCGAGAUGUAUCUGCGCAGCAACUCGUUGAUGAUUUCGUGACUGCCAAUGCGCAGUGGAUCAACUCGGAAGCCGAAGACCUCUUGGCAUCUUUGGACCUUGAUCUCCUCUGGAAAGUCAUCGACUUCGGAUCGCUGCAAUUCUGCCGCGAUCCUGUCGCCAUCAUCCGGAUAAGGAUAAAGGACGCCGAGCGUGGCAAGGGUGGGAAAAGCGGCAGAAAGAGCGGCAAGGGGAGAAGUGAACCGAAGGCGAAGCGGAGACGGACUGACAUGGAGGGCUCAAGGGAAGCCUGGUGGGAAGAGCCACCAGGUGCAUCCUCCCAAGAGGCGGCGCAGGACCCAGAUGAAAAGAAAGGGCCAGACGAAAAGCACAUGCGAGCAGUUGAAGAGGGGAGAUGCCUCUUCGUCGUGGGGAUCCCUCCAUUGUGGAGCGUCAGCCAGACCGAAGAGUUCUUCAGUUACCACGGUGUCGUCGAGUCAGUCUAUCUGCUGCACUUGCAGAAAGCCACCAACAGGAGGGCGGCCUAUGUCAACUUCACUACGGAGAAAGGGGCGAAAACUGCCGCCUUGGUGUGCGACAGGCUGGAGGUCGAACAUCGAGAAGAGACGCACUAUCUCUGCUGUAGCAUCAAGCAGAAGGCAGGAUCUAAGACUUACACGAGAAGGCUCAGCCAAGGACUGCGUGGAGAGGUCGACUUUAAGCAAGCUCAAGAAGAAGCCCGGACGGUCUUUCUUUCAAGGCUACCGGGUUAUAUAUCGAAAGAGCAAAUACAAGAGUUGACGGAGGAUCAUGGGGUGGUGGAGGCGAUCCACUUCCUUCCCGCAUCAAGCUACAACACCAUCGCUUGCUUCGUGACGAUGGAGAGCCCUGGUGAAGCAGCGUUCAUGAUCAGGGCGUUGAACAACACAGAGGCAUUCGGGACCAUCAUUUAUGCCAGUCUAGCCGUGGAGAAAAAUGAUAAGCGGAAGAAGCUACACCCAGAGGAGGAGUGGAUACAAUGGUAUCCUCUGGAAAUUCGCAACUUCCCGCACUGGACCGUCCCGGAUGACAUAAAAGCCACGAUUUCAACCGUCGGGCCGAGUUCGCAGAGAGUGCGCAUUAUGCACUACGAUCCGCUGCCUACCCUGAGCAUCGCCAGGGCAUAUUUCAGGGAAGAAGCAGACCGGGACGCCUCUCUCAAGGAGCUCGCCGGCUAUGAGUUCUCGCCGGGGUAUCCCUUGUCGGCUGAAGCUCUUCCAAGGACUCCCGGAACUGGUCCUGGAACUGUGCAACUGCAGCAGCAGUGGCAGAAGUGGGAGCAGCCGUCGGAGCCGUCGGAGGAUUCGCAGCAGCCGCAGCAGCCGCAGCAGCUGCAGCAGCCGCAGCUGUCGCAACCUUCGGCCUUCAAUCCUAACUUAGCAGAAGAUGGACUCGUCGUCUCCGAGAAGCCUGAGGAUCCUCGCCCGGAAAAGGCCAAGGCCACGCAGGAGGAGACUUUCUGUGGCAAGCCUCCUGCGGGCACUAGUACGGAGUACGAGGAAUGCUCUGCAGUUGAUGUAGACUGCGAAUUUGGCGAGUGGACGCCUUUCUCGGCUUGCUCUGCUGCCUGCUAUGGACAACAGCGUAGCGCUCGCGUAAUUCUCCGGAACAGUUCAGGCAGUGGCAAUCCUUGCGAUGGGGCGGUGGAGAAGGCUGUUCGGUGCAACCCAGCUGAGGGAGAAGAUGCACCUGACAGUUGCCAGAGCCACCAAGCCAGCGGAGUUCAGCACUGUGUGAUGAGCCACUGGUCCGAAUGGACUUCCUGCACAGCAACAUGCGAGAGAGGUUUCUCCACGCGCUCGAGGUAUGUAGAGGUCAAUCCUCAAAACGGCGGGGAUUCGUGUCCCACCAGCGUCAAGGAGAUGAAACUUUGCAAUGAUGGCGUCAGCUGCUUCCACGGGCGUGUUGACUGUGUUUGGGAGGAAUGGACAGAUUGGAGCGUGUGUGAUGCUUUCGAUCUUGCGACGCGCACUCGUGGUUACGCUCGUCACGCUGAAUCCGGUGGCCUUGACUGUUCCGGACCCAUCCGGGAAGUCAAGGGCUGCAGCAGUGACGGAGGGAGCUCUUGCUCAGUUUCAUGGUACAACUGCUCCUGGAGUCAGUGGUCAGCUUGGUCAGCCUGUUCGGCUACGUGUGGACGCGGAGGGGUGCAAGCUCGCAACCGUCAAUUGCAGGUGGGCCACAGUUCCGUGGAUGCACCGGCCGCUGGCCUCGUCGUGAGUCGGUCAGGGCCGAGGAGGGAACCGGGCAGUGCAUCAAUCGCUUCCGAGCACCAGCUUGGGCCGACGGAAGUUGUGGACUUCAACUGUGCGGAGAACAUGAACUGGCAAGAUGAUUGGCCUCACGAUGUGAAAGCCUACUGCUGUCAAAGGGGGAUCUGCGAGGGCCAGGCGGCUGCUCCAAGCACGCUGAGCGCCGAAUAUUUGCCCAGUGACGACCCUGUCUUGGAGGAGAUGUCACCUUCGGACACUGUCAUCCGGUACGACCGGCAUGGCCUGUCCUCGCUCAAGGAGCAGGUGAGAGCUGCAGAGGCCCGACACCACAGGGACCGCUUGCUCGCCUUCAUCCUCGGCAGCGGAUGUCUCCUCACUGGAUUAAUUCUUAGCAGAGUCUUUUCCACCAGCAGAUCCACUGCUGAAGUGCUUCCACGGUACGAUGCCGUACAUCAGAUUCUUUGA